UCCCUGAUCAGCACGGGGAGAAGAAACACGCGCCCACAUUUAAAAGAAGGCGCUGUUCUUGAGGGGAAAUUAGUCGGUAAUGCAGAACGAUUUUAGUUUUGAUUCCUAAGUGGGGCACAAGACACUGCUCCUAUGUCCAUGACCGUGACCUGAAAGGGUUGCAGUAAAUAACGCUGUAUGAUCCACCAGGAUGUCUGUUAUGUGGAAACGUCACCAGGGAGUAAUGCGAUAGUUUGUUGCUCAUGUGACAAUACUCUUGCCAUUCUCUUCGCAUUCCGUUGGAGAGUAAAGUGUAAAUGAUUAUAAUUUCGAAGGAGAAAAUAGAAGGCCUAUCUUUCUUGGGAUUCCUUUACAGUAAGGAGAGGCAACACGUCUUAAAAAGUACACAGGCAGAGGCUAACCCUGCGACAAGCCCAGCCAGCACUGACCGGUUAGAGACGAUGCGGUGAUUUUAGCCAUCGGAGACAAUAAUUCACAACCGUGGGAUGCUCCGCGGAAUUCCCGAAUGUCACACGUGCUCUAUGUGGCGCUGAAACGUUUCUCGCGAACACAUUUUCACGGAAUUUUUGGAUAAAGUUUUACUUGAAAGGGGAUUAUUAAGCCGACCUCUUGAGUGUCGAGGGCCAUUAUUUUCUCCUUUCCCAUGUCAUGGCAACAGUUUAAUACUUCUAAUGUCGUUCUGCAUUUUGCCCAGAGUUGCAGGCCUGUGUGGUAAGCAAUACCCCAUAAAUCAAUGUCACCGUCUUACGAAAUACAGUUAUAGCCUGGACAGUAUUAAAUAUGUAUGGAUAUUCAUGAAUGCGUUUGCUAUCCUGGAUCUGGAGUAUAGUCUACUAAAACCGGGAGUAGCCUAACCAGGAUUGUUGAAUUAGGGGUAACCUAGGCAAUAUUGAAAUGUCCAUUAGGCUAUAAUAUCGUCCAUACCACCUGUUUGCCAGUUAGUCUAAAGCCUGCACCUCAGUUUUGAGCCUGUAAAUGUUUUCAUUUGGAAUGGCGAAGACUCCCUGCGUCUAAUCUACGGCAUUCUCAUCUUCUAAAAUGUGUUUUGUCUGGUUGAAGAAGAUUUCGAUAUCGUUUUUUAAAAUUUAUUUCGGGACAAUAAUUUAUAAUGAAAUGCGUGUUAAGUAUUAAGCCAAUAGUAUGCUAAGCGAGACCUGUACAAAAAUAUAUUUUUAACUAAUCGUUUACAUGAGCGGAUUAACCGUGUUUUAACAAAAAAUAAAUGAAAAAUAAUAAAGAUAAAAAGGCAAGUUUAAUUUUCUCCUCUUUAAAUUGUUAUAUUUUAUGCCAUAUCGGAUUCAUGGCCGUUCAAUACCACAACAAUUUUGGGGUUUAGGCUAAUUUGGUAUUCCAUACCAUAACAUAGCCUAUUUCCGUUUGUUUAACGCUUUCAUGAGACAAUUAAAACUCUUCGCUAACUAACAAUGUAGGCUACUUUACGCUGUCCUUUUGAACUUGUGUCGUAGGACAUCUGAACUGACAGAAUGUGGAGAAGCAUUUGUAACUUUAAUUUAUGACUGCGUUCAGAAUGAGAAUUCGGCUUUUUUUUGCACAGAGAAGUUAGUAGCCAUCGUUUCGACAUCACGUGACUGCCACUCUGGAGGGUGCUUUGAGGCUUCCUGUGACCUUACUGACUCGUGCAGGGUGUCGCUGACAUGUUAAAUAGCAACAGGCAAAUUCCAGGACGUUCCAAUACUGCUGCACUGCAUCGUUCCCGCGAGGAGGAUUUGACUAAGGAACAUUUCACUGAGUUUUGCUGGCGGGCUAUUCCGUUAUGAACGGGCAGGAGGAGGCAGAGUGAAUCAGCAAUGGGAUGGAGCUCCAGCCACCGGACACGGACCAGCAGUUACAAGCAUCCCGAGACAUUUGUGUGAAUUGUACAGUGUUUUAUCAAAGCCUUUAUUGGUGUACUAUAUCAAAUGCAGAGAAGUCAUUCGAUGGGCGCUAUGAAAGUGAGAAUUCCGAAACGCACACAUAGGAACUACAACGGGACUCAAGUUUUCGGAAGCAGGAUAAUCAGGAGGCAGCCCUAGACUGAUACCUCUGACACCGCACCACCAGCCCAGAGGAUGGGGACCAGAGAAUAAGCCUCCAAUCUCCUUCACAUUCUACUGCCCCUGCCCCCUCCACUGCCACAGCAUGCUUCCUAAAGAACACAACAGUGAGGUCAAGGCAGCCAAGAUGAAGAUUUUCAAGAAGGAGGAGAAGGAGAAGGAGGUGACCUAUGUAGACCCCCCAGAUGGGGGAUGGGGCUGGAUGAUUGUCCUGCACUGCUUCCUGGUAAACGUGUUGGUGAUGGGAACCCUGAAGAGUUUUGGGAUUUUCUUCGUGGCGUUCCAGGACGAGUUUGGUGGCUCGGCAGAGAGCAUCAGCUGGAUUGGGUCCAUCAUGUCCAGCCUGAGGCUGUCGGGAGGCCCCCUGGCCUCCGUGGCCUGCGCUAAGCUUGGGAACAGAACUACUUCCAUUGUGGGGGCGCUGCUGGUGAGCACGGGGUUCGUCCUCAGCAUCCUGGCCACCAGCGUGGUCUUCCUCUACAUCAGCAUGGGGCUGAUCAUCGGUAUGGGCUUUGCUCUGCUGUAUCAAGCCACUUCUGUCGUCACGGCGACCUAUUUCAGGAAGAGGCUGGCCACGGCGUACUCGAUUGGCCGCUCAGGCAUGGGUUUGACCUUUGCCCUGGCUCCCUUCACUCAGCUGCUGCUUGACCAGUAUGCCUGGCAAGGGAUCACGGAGACGGUGGCCCAGCUGGGCUCGGGCUGGCUGACGGACAGGAACCUCCUGCAUAAGUACCACUACCACAAGGCCUACCUGAUCCUGUGCGGCGUGGUCAACCUGCUGUCCCCGCUGGCCGACACCUACAUCCUGCUCAUGGUGUACGCCAUCUUCUUCGCCAUCUUCUGCGGAGGAUACAUGGCCCUCAUCUUACCCGUCCUGGUGGACCUGGUAGGUCCAGAGAAGGUGAAUAACUCCAUGGGAUUCUCCAUGUUCUUCGUGGGUCUCGGCUGCCUCACAGGGCCCCCCCUCGCAGGGUUCCUGUACGACUACACGCAGACGUACGACUGCUCCUUCUACCUGGCGGGCGUGUGCUACCUGCUCUCCUCCGUGUCGCUCUUCCUGGAGCCGCUGGCGUGGCGGUGGAGCCACGGGAGGAGGUGCGGCGCGGGCCAGGGAGCCGCCGAUCCCGCCUGGAGGAGGAGCAACGGCCGCUUCCCCGCCCAGCCGCUGAAGAACGGCGUCGUGUAGGGGAGGCGACUGACCCAGCGCCAAACCCAGCGGCGACCCAGCGCCAAACCCAGCAGCGCCUGCUCCCUCGUUUCUGCACCGUCCGGUCCGGUCCGGUCCGGUCCUGUUCGGUCCGGGCCCUCUAGACCCACUUCCGCACACACCAGACACGACGGAAACGCCGCUCGCGCAUCUGAACGGACGCCGCCGUUACCGCCACCGUUAACCGCACAGGAAAGCCCCCGCUGGCGACCGGGCGACCGUAUUCCCUUCUCUCCCUGCUCUGAACACGGCCCAAAUGAACACUCGUAGAACGCUUUUCUUUGCUUGUGUAUAUUUUUUUUGAAACUCAGUCUCGGCGGCACUGGCCUUGCGUACGAACGCUAAGGCCGCUGAGCCUGGGAAAAUGAAAUAAGCCCUUCACAGCGCGCUGGCCUGAGGGUUAAGCCCCAUUCCGCACAGCGUGAGGAACAGACUGCCUAACGCUGCAAUGCAGAGUCCUGCUGCCCAGCAACCAACCCCCCGCAACCCCCCCCCCCUCUAACCCCCCCGGGCUGGGAUCAAACCCAAAUAUCUGCAGCGUUUGGGACGCGCUUAGCCGUGCGGCGUGCUAAUUUUAGAUGCCUUUCUAUGCAAUGCCUCUGAUAGCCAGCUGAAAUAAAACCCUUCCCUGGGGAGGAAACUGCCGCUGCCCUGCACUCACCCCCUCCUCCCCCCCCCCCCACCACGCAGGCACCAUCUUCCUACACUCCAUUUCUCGUCUUAACCCCUGGAUGGUAGCCACGGGCACAGACAGCGAGGUGGGGGGCCUCCUGUCCUGGGGGGUUAGCAGUGUCAGUUCUGUAAAGGUUUUGGUUGCGCCACAGAUUUGUAUACGCGCCAGAUACUUCACUCCUGUUUUACCCCCGUCCUCUUCGGUUCUUAAAUACAAACGGGAUUCCGGACGGUAGCAGAAGUUUCUGGUGCUCUGGUACCGCGCAGAACAUCUACACCCAUCAGCUACAACAUUAAGUCCACCUGCCUAAUAUUGUAUAGGUCCCCCUCGUGCCGCCAAAACAACUGACCCGUCGAGAGUUUUUAAAAUCAUGUGGAAAUAAUUCACCCUCUAACAAUAUCUUAGCUUUUUAUAGCCCUGUAGCAACUAAUAAUGUAAUAAACUACCAAUAGUGUAAUAACUCCCAAUAAUGUAAUCCAUUUCAAUUUUUUUAAUGUAAUAAAAACCAAUAAUGUGAUAAGUAGUAGUAGUAGUGUACUUUAUUGAUCCCCGGGGGGAAUUUGCACUGUUGCAGCAUCAAAGACAACAAAGUAACACAAUCAGGUACAAAUAUACAGUAGAUACAAAUAUAUACAGAAGUCCAAAUAUACCAGAGGACACCUUCAGAGGUGGAGUCCAUGCCUCGACGGGUCAGAGCUGUUUUGGCGGCACGAGGGGGACCUACACAAUAUUACGUAGGUGGUUUUAAUGUUGUGGCUGAUCGGUGUAUUUCCUCGUAAGUGUUCUGGUCACGCCGGAUUUGCGCGUUUCCGCUUCGUUGAUAGGGCGACAGAACUUGCCGUUUUUGGCAAAACCAAGCGCCGUGUAGCUGACGAACCUGUGGUGUUAAUCAGGAGGCCAAGGUUAAACCGUUUGGUAAAUGGUAAAUGGACUGCAUUUAUAUAGCGCUUUUAUCCAAAGCGCUUUACAAUUGAUGCCUCUCAUUCGCCAGAGCAGUUAGGGGUUAGGUGUCUUGCUCAAGGACACUUCGACACGCCCAGGGUGGGGUUUGAACCGGCAACCCUCCGACUGCCAGACAAUCGGUCUUACCUCCUGAGCUAUGUCGCCCCACUGGCAACCGUUUCCCUGCACAUAAGCAUCAAAAGAAGAUAAAAAUGUGAUACUGGAGCGCUCAGUCUUCCAUUACUUAGAUGCCACCGCCCGGCAGUGAAACUAGUCCUUGUCUUGCAAAAUGGCUGUGUGUGCACGCGCCUAACUGCUGGCCUACUGUGAGUCCGCUCUUCCAGGCGGUGUGUCUGUGAAGCCCACUCACGCUCACUACUGAUCUAGGAUCAGCAGGGCGUAGGGAAACUCCCUAUAAAGAUGCAGUGUUCUGCUUCUGCGUACUACAUUGCUUACAGAAGUCUUUCGAGUUUAAUUGUAGAAGUAACUACAGCUUUAAAAUGUGUUUUUAAAAGGAAGCAUUUGAAACAUUCUGAACUUAUUGCACUCACAUGCAGUUUUUUUCUACCGCAAAAUGACUUAUUCCUUCUGCACAUUACACAAGCAAUAAUUAAACACUCAAAUAUGUAUAUUUUAUGGUUCCAUUACUUUUUUUUUUUUGGUUUUAAGUAUUUAUAAUUGCUUGUUUUUUUGACCAGUUUCUGAAUCUUGGGUGUGGUUUUGGACUGUUUAACUGUGACAGGCACCAGUGUAUGAAGCUGAUGGGUUUCACUGAAAGACACCAGUGUAUGAAGCUGAUGGGUUUCACUGAAAGACACCAGUGUAUGAAGCUGAUGGGUUUCACUGAAAGACACCAGUGUAUGAAGCUGAUGUAUGUUUCAGUGUGGAAUUCUUCACUGCUUCCUCCAGCCUCACUCAUUACCCACAAUGAGAUCACUGGACGACUUCCGUCUGUAGUGGCCACUUCAUGCGUACGGAUCACUUCCUUGAAUGAGGCAUUUUGCUGAUGGGAGUAGGAAGUGAAUUUUCGACUGAAACUGAACGUAAAAUGAAUUUUUCUGUCUACAAAAGUUGAUCCCUCAAAAUGAUCACCAUUUUCUAAAUGGUUUCGCCUGAAAGCCAUCAAGACCGUGCCACUUCUUUUGGCUCGUCUUGGGACGGUUCAGUUCUGUUUCAUAGAAAGGAGUUCAAAAAUGUUGAAAAAUUAUAUAUAAUUUAAAAAAAUGUCUAAUGGUCUCCAUCACCACUGUUUGCCUUCUUGCUUUUGUAUCUUCACCAACCUGUCCCUUACGAAAUACAAACCAAAGAGACAGCUAUUGCCUUCACACAAAUACUUGAUUGUAAAUGAUACUGUCUUCAGAGCACAGAAUUCCUUGGUGACUUCCUUGCACCUUUAUCUCAUAUACUGAGAGAAAAAGAAAAACAGGAGUGUUUUCUCUUUCCUUGAGUGGCUUCUGCCCCCUGGUGGUGAUCAAGAGGCACUACAAAUGCAGCGUCACCAGUCUUUCUCUGGUGAAACGUUCCUCCUUCAGCUCACUUAUGAAGCUUUGGCUUCUCGUCUCCAGUCCUUCUCUUUGCGCUCCCCGCUGCCUGUCAUGCCCUCAUACUGUAUUUAGUGCAGUGGGAGACAGUUCUAUCACUGUAAACUUUACCACUUUAAAAAACUGUACAAUCCAUAAGCAAUAUGAUGGUGGAAGUCACUUCUAUUUUGCUUUCAAUGUACUUCAUUCCGUAUAAAUCAAUGAAAGCUUUUUAUAACUUGUGAACAACAGUAUAACAAACUUAUGUACGCUGUGAAAAAGGAUCAUCCGUCCUUUGUCACAUUCAGUAACAGAGUGAAAAUAUUGAUAUGUUGAGUUUCCAUGGGCCUCACAAUCAGAGAAUGUACUGAAAAAUAUGAAUGUGUAACCUGGUAUGUUUGAUUUUUAAGACAGAUUUUACCAGCAGUUUUGCAGCUAGCACAUGCCGUAGUACAGCCCUGUUGCGUUGACUGCAGUGUAAACUGUGAGGAGGCUGAGGUUCUGACAUGGCUGAGGAGAUCUGGCUCUCUGGCCUUCCCCUUGGCUGUGGUGAGCCAUUGCCCCCUUUGCUUUACUUUAGCAGACUGUACAGAUAUUGAUUGCAAUAAAGGUCACAGUGACUUGUG